UAGGUGUCUUCCUCUUUCUCCUUAGAGGUACCCAUUGCAAAUCUCCACUUGUGUCAGGAGACUUCGAAGUUUAGAACCACCACAGAGCAAGUGAACCAUGAGGACGAACCCUGUGAUUCAAGCUGUCAUUGAUCUCACAGCAGGGGCUGUAGGAGGUACGGCCUGUGUGGUGACUGGUCAGCCAUUUGACACUGCCAAAGUGAAAAUGCAGACAUUCCCUAACAUGUACCAAGGACUUGUUGACUGCUUUGUGAAGACUUACAAGCAAGUAGGAUUUCGAGGAUUCUACAAAGGGACCACCCCAGCUCUUGUUGCAAACAUAUCUGAAAAUGCAGUGCUCUUCAUGUGUUAUGGCUUUUGCCAGAAAAUUGUGAGGAGAAUUUUUGGACUGGAAAGGAAAGCAAAACUGAGUGACCUUCAAAAUGCCAUGGCUGGUUCCUUUGCUUCUGCUUUUGCCACCUUGGUCCUUUGUCCCACAGAGCUUGUGAAGUGUCGGCUGCAGACCAUGCAUGAAAUGAAGCUGUCGGGGAAGAUCCUACAAGGGCACAACACAGUUUGGUCAGUAGUGAAAGGUGUUCUACAGAAGGACGGUCCCCUCGGAUUUUACCAUGGUCUCUCCAGCACUUUGCUACGAGAACUUCCUGGCUAUUUUUUAUUCUUUGGGGGCUAUGAACUGAGCCGGACAUUUUUUUCUUUUGGGAGACCAAAAGAGGAAUUAGGUCCUGUAGCACUAAUGUUCAGUGGUGGCUUUGGUGGUAUCUGCUUGUGGACAGCUGUUUAUCCAAUCGAUUGUAUCAAAUCUAGAAUCCAGGUGCUUUCCAUGGCUGGAAAACAAGCAGGCUUCAUGGGAACAUUUGUAACUGUAUUCCAGAAGGAAGGUGUGAUUGCCUUAUACUCUGGCCUGAAGCCUACUCUGAUCCGUGCAUUCCCAGCCAAUGGUGCUCUGUUUGUGGCCUACGAGUACAGCCGGAAGCUGAUGAUGAACCAGUUUGAUACCUACUGAAGCUCUUAUUGUAGUUUGAUGCCAUUGUGUAUGUUUAUAGGUCAAUGCAGGAGUUGAUCAUGAGGACAAAGGUAACACUAGCUGUCAGACUCCUGUCAGUGCAAAUUUUAAAAGAAAAAAAUGUGCAUGAGUCAGUUUUAAUAAACAUUUUAUGUUUUUUAAA